GCUCGAUCAUUCCCAAUUCAAACUUCAUCCGAUUCCCACUCGCUGGCGAGUUCAGAUUUUCAGACAUCCACGGCGACGAGUGACAAGAAAACUAAGCAAUAAUGGAGAUAAAAAACGGCCAUCAAAUGAAGAAGAGCAACAAAGAAAACAAGUUGAGCCAACUGAUAAAAGCCUCCAGCCGGCUGCUGUCGAAGGUCCGAGAUUUCUACGUUAGGAGCCUGACGGAUUGCUCGAACCACCUGGAUUAUGGGAUGGCGCUGACCGGGCCGACCAGUCAGGUGCCCACCACUCUCCCCAAGAGUUACAGCGUGGGGUCCACCGUCUCCAGCCACGGUAGUGAUGACUUCAGGGAGCUUCUGAGGGCCGCCUCCACUCGAAGCUUGAGCAAGAAUGUGGAACCCGAUUUCCAAAUCCAAGCGGCGAGGAAAUCGCCGAUGGCGGAACCGAAUAACGUGCCGAGGAGCCAGAGCGUGGGGAUUGGGAGAAUUGACGAAGAGAAAACUUGUGAAUUUGAAGAGGAUUUCAAGGUAUGUAAUACUGAUGCGUACCCCAGAAGCAGAAGCUAUGCUGUUCGUAGAAGAAGACGGGUGUAUUGAAAUUCUUGGUCGAUUAAUUUCCGUAUUAUGAAUUAUUAUUAUUUCUUUUUUUUUGCAAAAUGCCACUUUUAGUGCUAUAAUGGUCUCAAAGUAUGUGAAUUUGGUGUCUUAAAAAGUUGGAAACAAACAAACACUUUUAUACCUUAAAUUUUCGUAAUAUAGCCG